UCACUCAGGGACCCUUUAGAGCUUGAACCCACCUACACCCAUGAAGAAGCUUUAUCGCAAAGGCACUGUUCACCCUUCGCCGCCGCCGGUCAUCUCCGACCAGCACCUCGCUUUUCUUCCUUCUGCUAUCCUCACCCUCGCGGCCGCUCUCUCGCCGGAGGACCGGGAGGUUCUGGCGUACCUUCUGUCGUGCUCCGGCACUUAUACUAGCGGCAACAGGAAGACCACCACCCAGAAGAGUGGGGACCAUCCGCCCCUGUUCAACUGCAACUGUUUCAGAUGCUAUACGAGUUACUGGGUGAAGUGGGACUCGUCGCCGAAUCGUCAGCUCAUACACGAAAUCAUCGACGCGGUCGAAGAUGGGUUGGUGCAGAGUAAGAACCCAAAGAGCAGGAAAGAAAGGAGGAGAAAAGGGUGUACUGGGUCAGAUGAGUUGAAACAGUCCAAGCUGAGUUCGGGGAAGGACGAGCUGGGUCAGCCAGAAUCGGUGGCGGAAACUAGUGGAAACGGCGGCGGCGACGAUUAUGAGGGUUGUGGUGAUGAUGGAGAAGAAGGGUCAGAGAAGGGAUCAGUGAGAAAGUUUGUGAGUUUUCUUGGAGAGAGGAUUUGGGGUGUCUGGACCCAAUAAGUUGGAGGAAAGGUGGGUUUCAGUUUUCUUCUUCUAAAAAAACUUCCUUUUAUUCUGGUUUUUUUGAAUAACCCGAUUACGAUGUAAAAAAAAAGGGGUUAGUUUUGAUCUUCAUCAGGACUUUGUUUCUCCAAUAUCCAUGUCUGCUUUCUAUGUUAAAGCUCUCUGUAUAUAUUCAAAGGAAUGAUGAAUAGCUGGGUAAUCAAUUUUGGGUUCCCUUUUCCUAAUGAAUUUUCUUACCA